AUGAGAACAGAUGUCGAGCUCCUCCACCAGAUCGUCUUGCGAGCUCAACAAAGACACGACGUGCAGAAGCGGCCAAAAAGAGCUCUUUUCGAAGCCUAUGAGAAGGUCUUUGCGGAGAACGGACUUGACACGAGGCAAGACCGCGCCUGUUUGCGCAUUGUGUUGCAGUUGGGCGAACCUCAGAUUCCUGGCGAUCUGCUCUACGACAAAUUUGAAUACGUUUUGCGACAGAUUGGCGUACAGUUGGCCUUUGGAGACGAUGACCUACCGGCUCACAACGACUACGAGGGUACGGCGAGAGCGAAACCGACCGACGAAACAAUCGAGAACAGAUCCCUUCUACAUACUUCUCCCAGACGGCCAACAAGACGUGCUUCCUUCACGUCCAUGCACGAUAUUACGAGCCAACAGAUACGACAGCCCAAACCACGUCAACUAUCUCGAGCGUCCGAGUCUCGGCUGCAGGAUGAACGAGCGCCACUUGCUAUACAGCAACAGAAUAUCGCAUCCCUUCAAAUGCUUCACGAAGCGCAGCCGAGCAAGCAGCGCCGUUACUCCCACAGCAGCACGAGUCCGAAAAGGCAUGGGGUGAAAGAUGCCUAUAAGAGGGGCCUACAUGUCCCAAAAGACCAAUUAUCUAGAGAUGGAAGACCUGAGGCACACCUCGAAGGACAAGUGUUGCAGCGAUACAGCCAGGAUGAGGUUCCCACCGACAGUGAACUUGAGGGCUCGCCUUCGAAGCUUUACCCCAAGGAGGCGUUCUACCAGCCCUCUAUGGAUCUGGAUCGUCAUGCCGAGGUUUUUUUAGAUGUGAGACUUCGGAAUCUGCAGAGAAACUUACUCCAUCGAUGGAUUCGCUACGCUAGAGAAAGGUCGGAACAUAUCCGCGCUAUAGAGCUGCAAGCAGUGACCAAGGAUUUCCUGACUUUGAAGCGUCAGGCCCUUGACUUCUGGCGCGCUGCUCAUGAGCAAAAGCGUCAGCGAGACCGGGAGGAGCGCUUUUUUGAGCGGUUGCAUAACCGAGCAGGUCAGGCAUAUGACCUCUACCUGCUCACCAAAUCUUUUACACACUGGAUACAGAUAACGGCUGCUGCUGUGGCAAAAACAAAUGCGGCUCGUCGAAAAUUCCUUUUCACCAAGUAUUUCAACGCAUGGUACGAAUUCACGGUCACAAACGAACUCAAGGCUGAACGUCACGGCCUCAAAGCACCAUUAAACCUAAUCAGGAAGCGAGCCGCUCAGUACUACCGUGACCAAAUACACGCCUUGGAAGUGUAUCAUGCGAACCUCACAAAAUACGUUUUUUGGCGUUGGUUCCGAGAGUGGUGCGAACGAGCCGCCCCACGAUAUAGAGAGCAACAACUUCAGCGACGUACAUUUAACAAGUGGUUAUGGGCCUACAGGGAGAACCGAGCACGGCAAUUUGGGGCAGACACAGGAUUCGUACGACGUUCCCUCCAAAAUGUCUUCCGAACUUGGGCCACUAAGGCAAGAAUUGAUGUUGCUGGAUACCAUCAAGCCGACUCUUUCCGCAAGUCACGCCUGCUAGGAACGCCUUUAACGCACUGGCACGCCGAAGCAAGAUUGAGACCCGUCGCGAACAUGGUACUGCGCAUGAGGGAUUGGAGGAUAGCGCGGUCGCAAUUCAGCAUUUGGCAGCUUCGAACACGUAUGGUCUUUCGCGCAGAUGCAGUCAAUAGGAUGAGGACCUUGCAGAAUGCUUACUCAGCUUGGAACGAGCUUCUACGAUCUCAGACAUUAGCUGCUCGAGUGAAUGAGCGAAUUGUAGCAGAGGCGCUGUACAAAUGGGUGAUAGCUCAAAGGUAUGCUCUGAUGAUCAGGAUCACCCAACGACGCCAGAAGAGAAAUACGCUACAGUUCUUCCACACUGGGACUCGAGAGAAAUGGCAAAUCCUCCUUCGCCAAGAAGCAAAAGUCGUUGAUGCCAGAAAGCAGCACGUGAUGGAAUUGACUCUUAGCCGUUGGAAGAACCGAAUGACGGUGGUUCGAGCAUACGCACGGAUGGCAUUGGAUUUCUAUGACCCAAAACUAAAGCAGGACACCAUCGAAGCUAUACGCCUACAGCUCCUAGCGAAACAAAAGUUGGAGACAUGGGCUAAAAACGCCCGCUUCUAUUUCUUGAUGACAAGGUAUCUCGCGGUGUUGCGAGCUGCGUCAGCAGAAAGGAAGAAAGCUCGUGAAAGGGCCGCCCAUGCCAGAAUGAGGAGAAAAUGUAAGAUGAAUCUUGCUAGAGGCGUGCUUUACCUGUGGUCUCACAAAUGCAGCGAGAAUGCUGGUAUGUCCAAGAAAGGUGAAGAGGUCUACAACCGCAAGAUGAAGUUCCUACAAAAUCGACUUCUUGACGUGUGGCAAAAAACAGCUUUGCAGCGAAAAGCAGAGGAUAUCGAAACGUCGACUCGUUACGAACGUCGACUUCUGGAUCGUUCUCUGGGAAUGCUGGUUGACACCUCGAGACAUCUGUACAGCUUGCAAAGUCGUGCCGACCAGUUCUAUCAUCUCAAAAUGUCUGAAAUGUGUUCAGCCCAGCUCAGAAGGUUCAGCAUGAGGGCAUUCGAGAUGAGGCGUCGAGAACAAGAUGCAGAUGCCAUGCAUGACCGGCAUUGGAACAAGCAUCUUCGAAACAUACUGCGCCACUGGGUCAGUAGAACGCAAAGUUCGGUCUACCAAGGCAUGAUCAGCGAUGCGCCUACUGAAAGGCGUCAAGAAAAGGAGCCUACAGACGCUGGCUACGCGACCGCCAGCAAUGAAGACCAGCCACAAAGUGCAAACGAGAAUGAUCUUGGUGCUACACGAAAGGCGGAGGAAUGGACGGCAUUUGAAGCGGAUCUACUCGAAGGCAGCGACUGGGUCCCAUCCUUUGAUAAUGAGCCAUUAGCCACCUCGACACCAAUGCCAGCGCCAGGAUACCUGAAUACGCCUUCAAAGCGGGCUGCAAGGGCAAAAGCUCUGGCGAAUCUUUCCACGACACCUGUGACGCCCUUCAGACCGCCGUUUGCGGCAAGAUUAAGGGCUGGAAAUGGAAACUCCCCUGGUCAGGGGCGGGCCACAACAGCCAGAAGAGGUGGACUGGAAUUCAAAAGCGCUCGUGGAUCGAAUGUGCAGAAUGCAGAGGAAGAUGAUUGA